AUGUCAUUUCUAUCAUUCCAUGAUGAAUCUGCAAAACAUUUCGAUCCAACAAUUCCAAAUGUCUUACCACAUGGGAAAAUGUAUAAACUUCAAGUUGGUGAUAAAUUAUUUAUAUUAAGUGGAGCUUCAUUAUCAUCAGAUGCACCAUCAUAUUUUACAAAUUAUUUCUUAAAUAAUGAUGAAGAUAAACCAUUAUUCUUAGAUCGUUCACCUGAUGUUUUCAAUUAUAUUUAUCAACAUUUACAAGGUUAUCAUGUUGAAAUUCCAAAUUGUGAUGUUUUCACUAAAUUAUUUUCAGAUUCAAUUUAUUUUAAUUUACCAAGAUUAAAAGAAUUAUUACAAAAAGAUGAUUAUUAUCAUGUUGAAAUGAUUAAUGAACAUGUUAAAGUCCCCAAGAAAUUAUUGUUAACUGAGGGAAAUUAUCCAAAUUUUUUCAGUGUUACUUUUGAAGCUCUAUAUAGAGAUCUUAGUGAAUUAAUGAUUUCUAAGAAUUUGAUUAGACCUCCACCACAAGCUGCACCAAGAUUGAAUAGAGAUGGUGGAUUAUUAAAAGAUUUAAUCAAAUUAUUACAAGGAAUUGAUAUUCCAUUUCAAUGUCAAGAUCAUAAAAGAUUGUUAAUUAAAGAAGCAAAAUAUUAUAGAUUUAAUACUAUAGUGGAAAAAUUAGGUUAUGAACAUAUUUUCCAAUCUUUAGAUGAAAAAGAUAAAGGUAAAGAAUAUAUUGUUGUUGAUUUAAAUGAUAUUAAUCCUAGAAAUUUUGUUAAAAAAGUUGAAGAAAAUUUAAGAAUUGAUGAAGAUGAAGAUGAUGAAGAGAAAAGUCACAAAAGACAAAAAACUGAAUCAAAUAUUUAUGAAUAUCAAAGAAAAUAUGGAAUUGAUCCUUAUUCAAGAGCCAUAAUCAUCAAGAUUGAUGAAUUAAAUGGUGUUGAAUUCUUCACUAAUAAACCUGAAUCAGAUGAUGGAUAUACUAUAUAUGGUGCAACAUUUCAAAAUCAAGUUAGAAUUAAAUUAUUAAAAUUUUUGAAAACAUUAUUUCAACAUUCAAAAUUAUCAAAAAUUAAUAUAAAUGGUAGAGAAUUUGAUUUUGAUCAAGUUUUUAGUUUUACAAUAAUGAAUAAAAUUAUAUUUUCAAAAAUUGAUAAUGGAGAUGAUGAUUUUUUUAAAUCUAAAGAAGUGGAUCUAAGACUAUAUGAUGAAAAUAAUCAAGUUCAACCAAUAAAGUUUACUGAAGGUAAUAAUAAGGAUAUCAAAUCAAUAGAUUAUUUAUUGAAAACUUCAUAUUGGAAAUUAAUAAUUAAAGAAGAAAAUCAUGAUACACUUGAUAUAGAUUUUGAAUUAGUAAAAGCUAAAGCUGUUGAAUCUAACAAUGCAGAAGUAUAUAAUGCAUUCUUAAGAUAG